AUGAUAAUAUUUGCCGCCGGCUUUUUUGGUUCGUGGACGUUCUUUGGCACCCUCUACUACCUCUUCACAGUUGUCGGCUAUCAAACUAGUGAUCGCCGUUGUAUAGAAAACGUCAACAGUUUUGUUACUGCCUUUUUGUUUAGCAUGGAAUCUCAGCACACUAUCGGAUACGGCUUCCGAUACAUGACGGAUAAUUGUGCCCCAGCUUAUGUGAUUCUUUCCAUACAAUUGGUUGUUGGAAUUUUUCUCCAAACAAUGCUGACAGGCCUUGUUUUGGCCAAAGUGCUCCGGCCAAAGAAAAGGAAACAGGAGAUGCGUUUCUCACGGAUCGCUGUGAUUGGACCGUUAGACGAGCACGAUCGAAGACCAGCGCUCAUGAUUCGUUUGGCCGAUAUCCAGGAAAAAUUAUUUCUGGCAGAGUCGCAUGUACGAUUGUACAUGGCAAGCAGUAGAAUAAAUAAUCGAGGUGAUAGGGAAUUAAUCGGAGUGAAAGAUAUGAAUGUCGGAUACGACAGUGGUUGGGAUCGCGUGCUACUGUUAUGGCCAAUCAUCGUGCGGCAUGUUAUCGACGAGGAUAGCCCGCUAUACGGAAUUACUCGAGAAUCUCUACUUACUGCAGAUUUCGAGUUGAUCAUGACUGUCGAAGGAAUCGUCGAAGCGACAGGAAUGACAUUCCAAGCUAGAACAUCCUUUCUACCCGAUGAAAUACUUUGGGGUCAUAAGUUCAAACCAAUGGUUCUAAUGAAUGAGAAGCUUUCCAAGUACGAAAUACAUUAUGGGUUGUUUGACCACACGGAAAGAGUGCUCGAUUUUGAUGUAACACCAGUUGAAGCUGAAGAGCUUGAGGACGAGUUGGAGCAUCAUCAUAACGCUUCUGGCUUUAUGUGA